AUGCAAAUCACUAACGGACUAUCCAUCGCCCAGUUUGGCUCCGUCUCUAUUCUAGCGCAUAUGAUCAUGAUCCUCCCCCAUCCUUUCAAGUUCUCUCCCUCCGCAACACCACCUGCACCGUCACAGCCUCAGGCCCAAUCCUCGCCCCGACCAGGACCGUCGCUCCUUUCGAAAGACUACCUCCGAUCCAGGCUAUUCUAUCGCCCCCUGGAAGGUUUCUCGGAAUGGCUGUCUCCGGCUUCCCGGAUCUAUCGGGGUCUAACCCCCCAGUACAAGGUUUUUCUCCAGAUCGCAGCUAUGACUCUAGGAGGUUGUAUCUGGGCUGAGAGAAGGGUGAAUGACUAUAUCGACCUCAUCCGGAAAACCAAGCGGGCGGAACGGUUGGAGGCCCAGAGGGCGGCAAGAUAUGCGGAAUAA